CCGCCCCGCCCGCGCCUGCGCGCCCGCCCGGCCCGGGAUGCUGCUGCCGCUGCUGCGGAGUGGCUGCUUCCCUUCGUCCUCCCCGGACGGCGGCGGCGUGGACGCGGGCGCCGGGGGCCGGCCGGCGGCGCGGCUGCAGCGCGGAGCCCACGGGCCGCCGGGGCCGCAUGCGUGCAUGGAUCCGGGUGCCGCGCUGCAGAGGCGGCCCGGGGGCGGCGGCCUGGUCGCGGGCUCCCCCGCUCUGUCGGGCGGUCAGGCCCGCCGGAGGAAGCAGCCCCCCAGGCCGGCGGACUUCAAGCUGCAGGUCAUCAUCAUCGGCUCCCGCGGCGUGGGCAAGACCAGCCUGAUGGAGCGCUUCACCGACGACACCUUCUGCGAGGCCUGCAAGUCCACCGUGGGUGUUGAUUUUAAAAUAAAAACUGUUGAGCUCCGAGGAAAGAAAAUUAGAUUACAGAUCUGGGACACUGCAGGUCAGGAGAGAUUCAACAGCAUUACCUCAGCUUAUUACAGAAGUGCCAAGGGGAUCAUACUAGUAUAUGAUAUCACCAAGAAAGAGACGUUUGAUGAUUUGCCAAAAUGGAUGAAGAUGAUUGAUAAAUAUGCCUCAGAAGAUGCAGAACUUCUCUUAGUUGGAAAUAAGUUGGAUUGUGAAACUGACAGAGAAAUCAGCAGACAGCAAGGAGAGAAGUUUGCACAACAGAUAACUGGGAUGCGGUUCUGUGAAGCCAGUGCCAAGGAUAACUUUAAUGUGGAUGAAAUUUUUCUGAAGCUUGUUGAUGACAUUCUAAAAAAGAUGCCUCUGGAUAUUUUAAGGACUGAGCUGUCCAAUAGCAUCCUCUCCUUGCAACCAGAACCUGAGAUCCCACCAGAACUGCCUCCACCGAGACCACAUGUCCGAUGCUGUUGAUUUGCUACUUCGGAGAGACAAAGUGGAAAUAUCCUGGAAGGGGAAAGUGUUCUAUUCUGCACUACAAUCGUUUUGACAAUUUCCUUUCGCACUUUGUAAUCCAAGUCAGAGCUAUACACUAACUUGUAAAUAUGCCAUUAUGCAAUCCUGGGUAAGUUUUGGUUGUAAAUCACAUAUUCCCUCCAAAUUAUUUUUCAUUGUCCCAGUGUAUAGUGUACAUGCACUGGGAAUCAUAUAGUACUUCUAAUAUGAAGAUUGGAUAUGGGAGAAAUGAAAAGUAUAAUGUUUUCUUGAAAUAAGUAUUAUUGUCCUUGGUAAUUAUAUUAUGAGGACAGAGAAUAUUCUAAUAAGAAAGGAUGUGGUGCUUUGCUUACUGUUUUAAGGAAAAUUUGUAAAAACAAAAGACUUUUGGGGGGAAAAAAGUUACCUUAAGUGCUUUUUCUUUAUAAGACAUUUUCCUCAGCUGUAGCGUCUUUGAAAUAAUAGAGUGUUUCUUCCGCAAAGCAAAGCUCUGUCCAUGGCCGGCAUUGAAGGUUAUUUAUUGUUAUGUAAUGGUAGAAUGUCACUACUUAGAGGGGAGGAUUUGACUUGGUCCUGCGGCCGCAGAAUCUCUCUUACUGUUUCCUAGUGGACACGGAUCCUAAGCUUUUAAGAGCUACAAAGAUUCAAUGAAGAAAUGUUUUUGAAAUUAUACAAGAUUUUGAAACAACGCUGCUGUCCUAAACAAAUCCUGUUUAAAGGAAUUUUACAUUUACUAUAUCAAAGAACAUAAAUGUAUCUGCUUAAACAUUCUAUACCUUUUUAAUGAUAAAAAAUUUCUCCCCAUAUGGUGAAGCUUAUUCCUAUAAGCAUAGGCUGUGUUCCUCUUUUAUUUUUUCUUUUUCUUUUUUCCUCCCCUCUCUCUCUCUCUAUGAAUUUGUGAACCCUCUUUGGUAUAUCUUUUAUUAAACUGCACUGUUUUGUUUAGUUGAGGUAAAGGUAAUGAUGUAUUUGAAUAACUCAGCGUGUCGAGUGUUGUGAUAUGAAAAGCAUUGUGGUCUUUCUACACUAAUGAAGUACAAAUAAAAUUUUGUAUUUAUGAAUGACA